ACCCUGCCUCCUAUUUAUACUUGCAUAUUCCUACAUGAUCAAUUCAUUAAUCCACUUAAUUAUUAAACUCUUAUAAGAGAUCAAACAAAUUAACAAAGAGCUAGCUAGAUAUGUCGACAACCAUGUCACGAAACUGCCCAGGUAAGAAUGUUUGGCCAGAACUUGUUGGAAAACAUGCAGAUGCAGCAGCAGCAACUAUAGAGAAGGAGAAUCCAAAGGUCAAAACUAUAAUCUUGCCCCAGGGCUCGGGCACCACUAAGGAUUUCAGGUGCGAUCGCGUCUGGGUUUUUGUCGAUGAUCACCACAGAGUUGUCGAAGUUCCUAGAAUCACUUGAUCUUCUUAUGUAUCCUUCUAUCAAUAAUAAAUGUU